AUGUUGUCCUUCCUGGGCAUACUUUUGCUGCUAUCAGCUGCAUUGGCAGCGACCGACAACAGUUCUCUUGGAUCAACUUCGGAGUACUCUACAAAAGUCUAUAAUGUCUCCGCGGCGACAACAACGUUAACCUACGAGUAUUCGAAUGAGGAAUUGGCAAUGCUGUGGAACCAGGUGGGGGCGAUUAAGACUGGCCCAAUCACCACAACAGUUUCACCAACUCCCGAGCCCAGCUCUUAUCCCAGACCCGGGGCAUUUCAUCCAUUGGUCCCAUCAUACGAACCUUCUCUGGCAGCUGCGAAGCUACCAACCAAUUUUCAGUGGGGUCUAGCUGCUAGCGCAUAUCAGAUCGAAGGAGCCGCAAAAGACGAGGGUAAAGGACCGUCAAUUUGGGAUCUGAUUGCACACCGAGAUUAUGGGGCUGUUGCGGAUAACUCAACCGGUGAUGUGGUCGGAAGUCACUACUAUUUAUACAAGCAGGACUUUGCACGUCUGGCUAGCUUGGGGGUGCCUUAUUUCUCCCCAUCUUUCUCUUGGCCGAGGUUUUUCUCUUUCGGCAACGGACCGGUCAAUCACGAAGGUGUAGCACACUAUGAUGAUGUUGUUGCUAGUUUGAUUGACGCGGGAAUCGAGCCAAUUGUUGUCCUUUUCCACUGGGAUACACCCCUCGCACUCUUCAAUUCGUAUGGUGCUUGGACAGACCCCCAAAUCGUUGAAGAUUAUUUCAACUAUGCAAAGUUUGUGAUCAACAGGUAUGAUAAAUAUGUAUCAACUUGGUAUACCUUCAACGAACCUCAAUACUGCAACUGGCAGUAUUCCUACUAUCCCGCUGGCAAUGAUAAAGGUAACUACCCAGCCUACAACAACAUAAGCGGUGGCCUCGAAGCGCCAAAAUGGUACCACGAAGAAUUCUACGGCGCCGGCCGCAUCUCCUUCAAGAACUCCGGCAAUUACUACGAGCCGGAAAACAAAACCUCGGCAGCGGACAUUGAUGCCGUGGCCCGGCAGUACGAGUUUGCGCUUGGCUGGUUUAAUGGGUGCUGGCGCGAUGGCGAUUACUCAGAUAUGUUGAAGGAGACGCUUGGUGAUUUGCUGCCGGCUUUCACGCAGGAGGAGAAGGAUAUGAUCAAGGGCUCUUGUGAUUUCUUUGCUAUUGAUGCGUACACUGGGUACCUAGGCAUAGGCAUCGAGGGCGGCUCUGCAGCCUGUGCUGCUGAUCCUAGCAAUCCUAAUUAUCCCGAGUGCGCGGGUAGUUCGAUCCUCGCUGCUGAUGGGUUCCCGCUGGGGCCGAAUGCGGAUUAUGCUAUGAGUUGGCUGUACAGCACUCCUGUUGCUAUCAGAAGAUUCUUGAGCGUCAUUACAAAGGAAUUAUUCCCAGCUGUUCCCGGUAUCGUGGUCAGUGAGUUUGGAUUUGCGGAACCGAGAGAGGGCGAGGAGACGAGUUUGAGUAAUAUCCUUUGGGAUUUGAGGAGGGCCGAUUAUUACCAGGGCUUCUUGGGUAAUAUCCUUGCCGCGAUUGUUGAAGAUAACGUAAACGUAACAGGAGCCUUUGGAUGGGCAAUUUUCGACAACUUUGAAUGGUUCUCUGGAAGCCGAGUGAAAUUCGGUCUUCAAUACCUGAACCAGACUUCUAUGGAACGUAUACCGAAAGCUAGCAUGUUCCAGUUUUUGGAUUGGUUCAAGACUCACGACGGUUCCGCACCUAGCAAUAAUACUUCGGGCGUAAACGGGACUUAUGCUAAGGCGAUUCCUCGCCCUUGA